CUAACUGACUGCCGUUGUCUUUAGGCUACAAUGUGAGGCUCGGUAUCGACUGAAUGUUUAGUGAAUCUCCAGGAGCUUCUUAACGCCAGAUCCACAACCAUGAACCAGACCAGGCGACAUUUAAAGAAGCUGAAAAAGAGGCGCUCCAGCCUUUUCGCCAGUCUGAAACUCAACGACAGCUUCUCCCAGAGCAUUGAUGAAGAGGACAGCGCGUUCCCCUUCUCGCAGGACAGUUCCGUUAAACCGUGGACAUCGAUGGACAACCUCGACAGUCCUCCACCUAAAACCGACUCCAAAAACAAAAACAAAGAGAAGAAGAGUAACGAGAAAGACACAGCCAGGCUUCCGCACAGACACUCUAGCACCAUCAAUCUGAACGUCGGAGGAAAAGUCUUUAACAUCCCGAAACAUCUUGCCAUCAAAUAUCCUAAAUCCAGAAUAGGCAGUUUAGCCCUGUGCACAGACCCAGUCAAGCAGCUAACGCUCUGUGACGAUUACUGCGUCAUCACCAACGAGUUUUUCUUCGACAGAGACCCGACUUUCUUCCACUACAUCUUUCACUUUUACUACAGUAACAUGCUCUGGGUCAUGGAGAGCCUGUGCCCCAUCAACUUUGAGGAGGAGAUGAAGUUCUGGGGUUUACACCUGCGGGACACGCCUCGCUGCUGCCGGAUUCUCUACGAGGAAAAGGCGGAUGAAAUCCGAGACCAGCUGAAGGUAAACAGGGAACUGAUGGCUGAGAUUGAGCCCCUUCACAAUGAAGAGGGCUUCCAGACCAUGUUCCUGGGUGGGCUGCGGAAGACCUUGUGGGAUCUGAUGGAGAACCCGUACUCCUCAAUUGCAGCCAAAGCUUUCGCGGUCUUUUCCAGCCUCUUUGUCCUCAUCUCCAUCGUGGCCAUGACUCUGAACACCGUGGACGAACUGAAAAACUAUAAGCUGUACGGAAAAACGUACAUGGAGUUUAUCGAAAUCGUUUCCAUCCUCUUCUUCACUUUUGAAUACUUCCUCCGUCUGCUGACCACAUGUGACGUAAAGCAUUUUCUAAAAAGUGCCCUGAACUUCGUGGACUUGGUGGCAGUCAUGCCUUAUUUCAUACAGCUGAUGUUUGAACUGUUUGCGGAUCAGGAGGAUGUCAGCGUUCAGGACGACCUCAAGACGAUGGCAAGAGUGAGCAAGGUCAGCAAAGUGCUGAAAGUGGUCAAACUAAUGCGAAUUUUCCGCAUUCUCAAAUUAGCACGACACUCGACGGGCAUGCGAGCGUUCGGCUUCACGCUGCGGCAGUGUUUUGAGCAGGUCUGCUGUCUGUUCCUCUUCAUCAUAAUGGGAAUCUUCACCUUCUCUGCUCUGAUGUACUCGGUGGAGCAGGACGUGGACGGAUCUCCGUUCAGCAGCAUUCCUGACGCCUGGUGGUGGGCUGCGGUGAGCAUUUCCACGGUGGGUUAUGGAGACGUGGUGCCCAUCUCCUAUUCUGGCCGAGUCGUGGCGUUUGGCUGCAUUUCGUUCGGCAUCAUUCUGAACGGGAUGCCCAUCUCCAUCCUCUUUAAUAAAUUCUCUGACUACUAUGCCAAGCUGAAGGCUCAGGAGUACACCAACACCAAAGUGCAGCGCAGUCUGCAGCUCCGUAAACGUUUACGCAGAAAGUUUGAAACGUGCUUCGAACCUCCAGCCGAAGAACCCGAGGAGGAGUUCCACCAACACCGGAACCCUCGCUGAUCCAGACGGAGGACAUUUAAACACAGGACACAUUUUACCACUUUAAUUCUUUCCUGUGACACAUUUAUCCUGUUUUGCGGAUUUUGGGCAGUACACCUGAGAACACCUGAGAACACCUGAGAAAGUCCAGCGUUCACCUGCAGCUCCUGAGCCGGACGGCGUUCUGGCAGCGGGAACGCGGCGCUGGAGGAUAAAGGAAGUUAAGCAAUCAGAUUUGAAUCAGCUUACAAAUAGCAGAGCUUAGCGGCGGCUAACACUCCUCCAGCUCUAAUUAUAGCAGGCAGGAAGUUACCUGUGAUCACCUGAUCACCUGAUCACCUGCAGAAACAAACUAAAAUUUACCCAAAAAGCAAAUCAGACCAGUUCUGCUCUUCCACCACUUCACUCAAUCACGUCUGAUGUGGGAUGCUGUUUAUCAUUAAAAUUAAACAAAUAAACAAAUAAACAAACAAAUA